AUGUACAGACCGACCUAUCCUCUGCUAGCGGUCAACCAGAUCGACAUUCAGACGACCAGCAAGACGGUCACUUCAGGACACUCGUCUCCCAUGCCGCUCGGCUCCGCCCUGUGUGAGGACGGACAUCCGUUUGUGUCUGACCCAAUCACUGGCCGGAAGAUGUGCACGUGUAGCUUGGGACUGGAAGUGACCUAUGACCCCCGGUCUAUGAUGUCUGAUGCUAGGAAACAGGGGAUAGCACUCUCUGGGACCAUCGGUGGACUAUCAAUGGGAAUAGACACGUCAGCUUUUUACCCCCCUUUGAUCCGGGGAAUCCCCGUCCGUCACGAUCGAUUACCUCCUUACAUGACUUCUGGGAUGCCAGGACAACCUUUAAACUUUGACCCCGCUUUGGCAGCGCAUCCGUAUGGAUUACUCUAUGCCGGGAUGGAUGUCAACGGGGGACCAAUCCGGAAAGCGGCCACUAGAGAGACCACAGGUCCACUGAAGAUAUGGUUGAGUGAACACAAGAAGAACCCGUACCCAACCAAGGCUGAGAAGAUCAUGUUGGCCAUCAUCACCAGAAUGACCUUAACUCAGGUGAGUACUUGGUUCGCUAACGCUCGACGGCGACUAAAGAAAGAGAACAAACUGUACCCAGCCGACAGGGAGAACCGCGACGAUGAUGACGACGAUGAUGAGGUUUUCAGUGGCAGCCAGAGGGAGGGAAACACGUCGCAGAGUGGAGGUUCAGAUAAGAGAACAACAUCGGACAGUGAUACUGAUGACAUCAAUGUUGACAUGUCCGAAUGCUCUGACGUGGAAGACAAUGACACGCCAGCAUCAGCGGUCGAUGAGCUAGACCAAGGGAAACUAGACAAACUUCGCCAAGGUCUCGCGUGUGUUGAGACUGGGCCAGAGACGGAGAGUGCAACAGAUUUGUGUGGCCGCGGCGAACAAGGUGACUGGGAUAUUGGUCACGCCAAACAAGGUACAGACUGUGGCAGUACUGGAGGUAGUCCAGGACCGUGCCCAUCAAACAAACCUAAAAUCUGGUCUAUAUAUGAAAUCAUCAACGGGCCGUCCACUGCAAACGACAAUCAGGCACUCAAGAAGCCGUCUUUACAAACACAUACACAUUUAGCAUUAUCUAGACAUGAUUUUCCAACACCAUCUGCAUUAUCGAUGCACAAAAAUCCGGCAAGUUUCCCGUUUAUGAAUAUAUCCUCGUCGUUACAGUCAUCGCCUUUUUCUUCGUCUUCAUCAUCUCUGACACUGUCAACCGCAUUUCAUCCGUUUGCUUCGGUUGUUGGAGCACCAUCCAUGCUGCAUCAUCCUCCUGCGUUGACUAGAUUUGUGUCCAAUUAUUGCACGCCCAUCUCUGAAAAAACCUCAACAUUGAAUAGAUAUGCAACAGUAGCAGCAAACAGACCAUACGUAGAUCAACUUCCUUCAAGGGUAAACUCUACAGAAACAAUAAAGACAGAGCAAAUGGCAGAAUCCUGCACAGACGAACAGGCUGUAGAAAAUAAUAAGUUUAACAAAUACAGCGAUGCUUUUUCGAAAAAAGGCAAACAUGAAACAGACAUCAAUAACUCACAAAUUAAAAAAGCAACACGCCCAAGCCAAACAACCACAUCGCAGCCCAUGAACAGCUUGCGAUCGGGCUCAUUGUCUCCGGUGUCAUCACACAUAGCUGUGUGUUCAAACGAAACAAGUACAAGGUCGGCAAGCUGUAAACCACAAUCAGAACGUUAUAUGAACUCAGGUAAAGCUGACCAACAUUCAAGAGAACAUCAACCAAAACAAAUGAUGUAA